AUGCUUGAGAGAAUUGUGCCCUUAUCAGUUGUGGUUACAAGUGUAUCAACAUUCUUAACAGAAGGAAAAAAAGAUGUGAGAGGCCACAGAAAAGAAGAGAUUGAGGCUGGAGGCCAAGAAGCAGGAGAAAGAGGCAGCAUGGGCACUUGCAGCAGCUGCAGAGUCAUAGAGUUUUCAGCUCUUGUGAGGCAGCAGAUCAUGAUGGCAGCUGUGGAGACAGAGAAGGACAAGUCAGUGGCUAUCAUAAUUCCCAAGAAGAGGGUGAAGUUAACUAUAAUCAUCAAGUCUAGUGGUGAAGAGAUGGGGCAAUCAGGGCUAAAACAGCCUACUAAAAGGAUAAAGUUGGUGCCUGAGAUAAGAGAAAGGGAUUGGAGUGGACUGCAGAUACACUGGUUGUACUUGUGA